GUCGAGAGACAUGCGUCGCAUGUUCAGCGAGCACGUUUCUUUUACUCAUCCUUCGUAAAAGGCAUAAGAGGAUCUUUUCCACGCGAGCGAUCUCGUGGUCGUUCUGUUUCCAGAGAUUGUCCGUACGUCCUUCAGGCGGGAUCUCAAAUCGUUGAGCGAUUCAACGGAAUAUACAAGAUCCAACGAGUCAAAGACGCAACAACGGUAACAACAACGCAUCAUAGCGACGACGAAACUUCGAACACGCGACACUGCGAAUGUGAACCACACAGAUUUACACCUGCCCUCUCCCCGCUCAGCUGCACCUUCAUUGCACUCAAAGUGGACGAGCGUAUUCGCGCUCGAGCGAAGAGCGAAGGACGAGAAGGUGCAACCGGAGAGAGAGAGAGAGAGAGAGAGUGUGCAGCGGCAACCUAUUUCAAAGGGCGUUUUGCGCCUAUUGCGAGACCGCAACACCGAGGACCGCGGUGGGUUCCGAUUGGCCGGUGGCACGCUUACCUCCCGUGACGUUUGGGAUUCGAUGAUCCGCCUGUACCGUUGCGUAGGUCAUAUGAUUCUGUCAUUCGGACUCGUAACGAGAAAUUGACAGAUCUCUCGUCGGUGUGUGAUCGGGUCGUGUCACACGCUGUCACCGAUUGGCGGGCGCGACGUAUACAUAUGUGCGACGAGUGACGUACGUACCCGCGGCAGAAGACACGCAGUCAACGCACACACAGGUCCUACGAGGUUCUACGAAAAUGUCCCUUUUCGGAAUGGUCAAUCCCUUUUCCACGCCAGUAGGACAAAAGAUCGAGUCCGCUACGGACGGUAACUUACCAAGUGAGAAUUGGACACUUAACAUGGAGAUAUGCGACAUUAUAAACGAAACCGAGGACGGUCCGAGGGACGCUAUCAAGGCGAUCAAGCGCAGACUUACCCAAGCGGCGGGCAAAAAUUAUACCAUAGUCAUGUAUACGCUUACCGUGCUGGAGACGUGUGUGAAAAACUGCGGAAAGCGCUUUCACGCUCUCGCUUGUUCGAGAGAAUUCGUACAGGACCUGGUUAAACUGAUCGGCCCGAAGAACGAGCCGCCCACCGCGGUGCAAGAGAAAGUUCUGAGCUUGAUCCAAACGUGGGCGGACACAUUCCGUCAUCAGCCGCAUACUCAGGGCGUUGUGCAAAUUUAUCAGGAGUUAAAGAUAAAGGGCAUACAGUUCCCGAUGACCGAUCUGGACGCCAUGGCGCCGAUUAUUACGCCAGAAAGAAGUGUACCUGAAUCAGAGCAAGCUCCGGCGAGCCUGACCACUAGCGAGCAGCCUGCAUCGUUGGGAACGCAACCUGUACCACCGCAGACGCAUUCUGUCGGCCAGUUAACUCAGUUGAACGAGCAGCAAAUGGCCAAGCUGCAAAGUGAACUCGACGUCGUUCAAGGAAAUAUGCGCGUGCUAUCAGAGAUGUUGGCAUACUUGACGAGUCCGGACCAAAGCAGUAAUCAGCAACCAGAUUCCGCGGAUCUUGAAUUAUUAACCGAGCUUCAUUCGACAUGCAAGGCGAUGCAGGUUCGUGUUGUCGAUUUAAUCGGCAAACUGGCCCACGAUGAAAUGACAGCUGAAUUAUUGCGCAUCAACGACGAGCUGAACAACCUCUUUCUUCGUUACUCGCGCUAUACGAAGAAUAAAAUGCAGGUUCCGGCGAGCGCUAUACUAGCUCAGACGAUUGGGCAGCCACCGAAUAUGGAAUCGUCUCCACCUGUCACCAAGAAAGAAGGGGAGUCGUUAAUAGAUCUGUCCGAUGAUAUGGACGGCAUAACGAAACAGAUAAGCGAGUUAGGUGCAGCCGAAGGUGUGGACAAAAGCAAGGCGGAGCGAAAGGAGAAGAAGGAAGGAGAGAGCGACGAAUUCGACAUGUUUGCACAAUCACGCAAUGCAACAUACGAGACAACAAAGAAUAGUGGUAGCAAGUACGAGGAUAAUCAGGAGCAGGUGAGAGGUGGGAGCCUAAGUACAGCGAUCCUCAACCGCAAUAACCCUAAAAUACCGCAGCAAGCUGCUUCUGCUACACAAGCUAAUCAGAACCUGGAGUCUGAAUUCAGUGAAAUGGCGGCCUGGUUAGAUCGCACGCCCGGAGCGCAGGGCGAUCAGGAAUCACUGACGUCAUCGGAAUUCGAGCGGUUCUUGGCGGAACGUGCGGCCGCGGCUGAAGCUUUACCGAAUCUCACCACAACUGCCAGCACGAAUUCAACGUCGACCACCGGUAACCAGAAUAUUCAGCGUCAAAUUAACAAAGAUCAGGACAAAUCUUNCUUUAAGAGUUGGAAUGAGAAUAGAAUGGAGACACACGAGGGAAAAGGUACACGCAAAAGAGAUGCUUUGUGCUUGUACGUACUUAAUAACGUAACAGAUACUACACAAUCAUGUUCGAGAUCUUACUUCUGUUGA